CUUUUUCUCUUUUCCUCUUCUCUUUUGGAGCAUCUGCCACUCCCAGCACAGCAAUACUGCUUUUCUCCUCUUCUCUUUUGGAGCAUCAACACAUCCAAAAUGCUCAUUUCCUCUUCUCUUUUGGAGCAUCAGCACAACAAGCACCUGGCCUGAUCAAAUACAACAUCAAAAUCAGAAUUUAGAGGCUGAUCAAUGGAGAAUCAAGAUCCAAACAAGGCAAAUGUCACACCUAGCUGGAAACCUCAACUUGGCAUGAAAUUCGAUAAUUUGGAUGAGGCAUGGGACUUUUGGAGGUACUAUGGAGGAAGAAUGGGAUUCAGUGUUAGAAAGAGGUUUACAAAUCGGAGUAAAUUUGAUGGUGUAGUGACUUCAUGCAGAUAUGUAUGUUUCAAAGAGGGGAAGAAGUCUGCAGAUAAAAGAGAGAACCUAACUAAGACAGGCCGAGCUGAAAUUAGAACUGAUUGUGAGGUCCGUAUGUCUCUUACAAUAGACCGUGAAGUCGGAAAUUAUGAAAUAUAUGAUCUUUGUCUUGAACAUAAUCACAUGCUUCAGCUGCCAGAAGCAUGCCACUUGUUGCCAUCACAAAGAAGGAUCUCUAAAGUGCAAGCUUUUGAAAUUGAAAUAGCUGAUGACUCUGGUAUUGCACCAAAAAAUGCUCAUGAAUUUGCUAGUCGACGUGUUGGUGGAUCAGCUGGUUUAACUUACACACGCGUAGAUCACAAGAACCACUUGCGAACAAAGCGCCAAAGAGAAUUGAAGUAUGGUGAGGCUGGAAGUAUGUUGAAGUAUUUUCAAGACAAAGCCAUUGAGAAUCCUUCCUUUCAAUUUGUUAUACAGUUGGACAGUGAGGAACAAAUAACAAAUAUAUUCUGGGCUGAUGCCAAAAUGAUCAUAGAUUAUGCUCAUUUUGGUGAUGUUAUGACCUUUGACACUACUUUUGGGACAAAUAAAGAGUACAUGCCAUUUGGUGUGUUUGUUGGAUUCAAUCAAUUCAGAGAAACAAUAGUAUUUGGUGCUUCACUUCUCUAUGACGAGACAUUCGAAUCUUUGAAAUGGCUAUUUCAUGCCUUAUUGUCGGUAGAUAACCAGAAGCAGCCACGCACCAUAUUUACUGACCAAGAUAGUGCUAUGGGGAAGGCAAUUGGGCAUGUUUUUUCAGAGUCAAUACAUGGGCUGUGCACUUUCCACAUUAUGCAAAAUGCUAUCAAGCACCUACCCAGCAAAGAGAAUAGUGAAGACAACGAAGACAAUGUGGAUGAGGGAGAUAAUGAGGAAAAUGAAUCAUCUCUUCUCAAAGAUUUCAGUGCUUGUAUGUUUGAAUACGAAGACCGAGAAACAUUUGAAGAUGCUUUUAAUGUUAUGAGAACCAAAGUGAAAAAGCAAACUUGGAUGGAUAGUAUUUAUAAGGUAAAGGAGAAGUGGGCAGAAUGUUUUAUGAGAGAUGCUUUCACUUUGGGAAUGCAAAGCACACAACUGAGUGAAAGUUUGAACAAUGACCUCAAGAAUCAUCUCAAGUCAGAUUUAGAUAUCAACCGCUUUUUUCAUCAUUUUGAAAGAGCCGUGAAAGUGAAAAGAGACACUGAGAUAAAUUUAGAGUACGAGUCUAGGAAGAGUCUACCUAGAAUCAAAAUCCCCACACCAAUGUUGCAACAAGUCAGUAGUCUUUAUACUCCUGCUAUAUUUGAAGCUUUUCAAACCGAAUAUGGGAGGUCAAUGGUGUUAGGUUUUGUAGAAGCGUCUCAACCCCCGUAA